UUAAUGGUUGCACAUGUAAACGACGACGGCUUUAUACCGCUCUAGAAAUCCUAAGGAGGGCUGCUCCCCGGCGUCUCAUCUAGGAAGUAUUCACUUGUAGUAUUCACCAAAACGAAACUACUGGGUUCAGGGGCCGGUUUCUAGAAGAAGCAGACUGUGAGUGUUUAGCCAUGGCUUGUCCUGUCAGUCUGGAGCUGGAUCCAAUCUUCCUAAAGGGACUGAGUUACCUGCACUCCAAGAGUAAAGACUCGGCUGAGAAACUCAAAGCUUUACUAGAUGAGUCCCUUUCAAGAGGAGGUGACUCGUCUUACCGUUCAUUACAAAAAGAUAUAGAGGUGUCCAAGGGGCCUGUGUCAAAACUGAGCUUAAGUAAACAGGACUCAAAGUCCUCCUCAAGUUCCUCGUCCUCCAGCAGCAGCAGCAGCAGCAGCAGCAGCAGUAGCAAAUCCAGCUCGGAAAAAAGCAAGAAAGAGUCAGAGAAGAGACCUAUCGAGAAGGUCAGGGUUGAAGUGACUGAGGUGGACCCUCCCAAAAAACCUCGUUUGGAGAAACCGGAGAAUCGCUCUUCUCCAAUUACCGUUCAGACGAGCAAAGACCUUCUGCCAAACAUCAACGACUACGAUGAGACCAAUGCUGAUGACUUUGCAAUGGAAAUGGGCCUGGCUUGUGUGGUUUGCAGACAAAUGACGGUGAGCAUGGGAAACCAGUUGGUUGAGUGCCAGGAGUGCCAUAAUCUGUACCACCAGGACUGUCACAGGCCCCAAGUGACAGACAAAGAAGUGAAUGAUCCACGGCUUGUGUGGUAUUGUGCCCGCUGCACCAGGCAAAUGAAACGUAUGGCCCAGAAACCUCCACAGAAGCCAUCUCCUGCAUCUGCAUCAUCAGCGCCUGUUGUCAAAGACACACUGGUGAAAAAGACAGAGCUUAAAGCCAAGCCUGACACAGCCAGCACCUUCCAAGCCUUCAAAAGAACAGAAUUAAAGGCAUCUGCAACAUCAGCCAAUCCCACCAACAGCAACUCCAGCUCCUCCGGCAGCGGCCUCACAGGCUGGGCUGCAUUUGGCGCGAAGACGAGCCCAUCUCUAGCUGCCAGCUCCAAACUGGGUUCCUCCGGCCCAAGCGGGAGCCACAAGACCUUGACGGCUCCCUCUGGCCAGAAACCCGCCGGGCUGUCUGGGUUAGCAGGAGCCAAAUCAGGACCUGGGAGUGCCAAGAUUACCGGGAGUGGCAACGGAAAUGGCUCGAGUCAGGCGCCUCUAAAACCUCCUCCACCACUGACUCUGGGUAAGCAGCCUCUGAACCGUUCAUCGAGCAGUGAAAGCCAAGGCAAAGGGACCGCUUCAUCAGGAGCCGGCUCCCCGAGCGGCUCAAGUGGAGGAGGCAACGGAGGCAAUAACGGAGGAGGUAACGGGAAUAAUGGGAAUGGGUCAAAGGCUGCACCGGGGGACAAAGCACCAACGUCCCAAGAGUCCCAGCUCAACGCCAUGAAACGAUUGCAACUGGUGAAGAAGAAAGCAGCGCAGAAGAAACUGAAGAAAUGAGUAGAGGGAAACCAAGAGGGGGAGGAGGUGUGAGAGAGUAGAAAAUACAUGUGGAAGUCGUGCCAGAGUAUUGUGUUUGUAUGAAAAGAGCAACUGUACAUGAGUAACACCAUCCAGUCAAAUACUUGAAUCUUGCUUUGCAUAAAUGCUGCUGGACUGUGUACCUCGUUCUGUCCAAAUAAGUCUGACCGUUGAAAAAGUGUAACUUUUCAUCAAUAAACAAUAAAUGUCUUCUUAUAAACUGGCAUUAGCAAUGAC